GCAACGUUGAAACUGUUUCCGGGUCGGAGCCGGCGCUAUGGCGGCUGACACGCAGGUUUCUGAAACUCUGAAGAGGUUUGCAGUGAAAGUGACCACAUCCAGUGUGAAGGAACGAAGAGAAAUCCUCAAUGAACUUGGAAGAUGCAUCACUGGAAAAGAUCUGCCAGAAGGUGCAGUAAAAGGCCUCUGUAAGCUGUUCUGCCUCACUCUUCAUCGAUACAGAGAUGCAGCAUCCCACAGAGCCCUCCAGUCCGCCCUUCAGCAGCUUGCCGAAUGCCAACCAGAAGCAACCGCAAAGAACCUCCUGCAGUCCCUGCAGUCCUCGGGAAUCAGCAGCAAGGCUGGAGGACCCAGUAAGAGUAAUGGAUCUGCAGCUUCGCUGGCCUUAUCUUGGACUUGUCUGCUUGUUCGCAUAGUCUUCCCCACCCCUGACAAAAGGCAAGGAGACACCUGGGAGAAGCUGGUGGAAGUCCAGUGUGUUCUACUGUUGGAGGUUUUGGGUGGCUCUCGCAAGCCUGUGGUGGACGGGGCUGUAAAGAAACUGAACAGGCUUUGGAAAGAGAACCCUGGGCUUGUGGAUAAGUACCUCUCUGUCAUUCUUGGCCUGGAAGCCAACCAGGGCUAUGCAGCCAUGUUGGGGCUGCUGGUUCAGUUUUGUACCAGCCAGAAAGAACUCGGCAUCAUUAACAGAUACAAGAGCUCCCUCCUUGAUUUCUACAUGAAGACCAUUCUGAUGAGCAAGACAAAGCCUCAGAAGCACCUGCUGGACAACUGUGCUCCUUUGCUCCGAUACGUGUCUCAUACUGAAUUUAAGGACCUAAUGUUACCAGCCUUGCAGAAGUCCCUGCUGCGGAGCCCUGAGAAUGCCAUUGAAACAAUCUCCUGUCUGUUGGCAUCUGUAACCCUGGACCUCAGCCAGUAUGCUCUGGACAUAGUGAAAGGCUUGGCCAGCCAGUUGAAAUCCAACAGUUCCCAGCUGAUGGAUGAGGCUAUAGUUGCAUUAAAGAAUUUGGCUCGGCAAUGCAGUGACCCAGCGACGGUAGAGUCACUCGGGAGGCACCUCUUUGCCAUCCUGGGGGGUGCUGAAGGGAAGCUGACGGUUGUGGCACAGAAGAUCAGUGUCCUCUCAGGGAUUGGCAGCUGUAGCCAUCAUGCAGUUUCUGGGUCAUCCAACCAGGCUUUAAGCACAGCUAUGGCAGAACUUUUCAUCCCAUUUCUACAGCAGGAAGUCCAUGAAGGUACCCUGGUGCAUGCCAUCUCUGUCCUUGCUCUCUGGUGUACCCGUUUCACCACUGAGGUGCCCAAGAAUCUGAUCGAAUGGUUCAAGAAAGCCUUCAGCCUUAAAACCUGUACUUCAGCUGUGAGACAUGCCUAUUUCCAGUGCAUGCUGUCAUCCUUCAAAGGAAAUGUACUUUUUCAGGGACUAGACUUGCUGCCCUUGCUGAUCCAGACAGUCGAGAAAGCAGCGACGCAAAGCACUCAGGUUCCCCUCGUAACGGAAGGCGUUGCAGCAGCUUUGCUGAUUUGCAGGCUCUCUGUGGCUGACACACAAAUAGAAAACAAACUGAAUAGCUUCUGGCAGCUGAUUCUGGAUGAGAAAAAGCAGAUUUUCACUUCAGAGAAAUUCCUGCAAUCUGCAUCAGAGGAAGCGAUGUGUACUGUCCUACAGCUGACAGAGCGCCUCCUCUUGGACCAUGAGCAUCGGCUGCCUGGUGCUAAAGUCCAGCAGUAUCACAAAGCCCUGGCCGCAGUCCUUCUCAGCCGGCCGUGGUGUGUCCGGAGGCUUGCCCAGCAGACUGCAAGAAAACUCUUGGCCUUGCCCGGGGGUUUCACGUUGGCUUACGGGCUCUUAGAAGAGCUGAAAGCAGUUCUCAGUUCUCAUAAGGUGCUUCCAGCCGAGGCACUGGUGACGGAGUCUGGAGAGCUGUCUGAACAGGGGAGAACAUACAUUCCCCCUCGAGUCCUUCAGGAAAUGUUGUGUGUGGUCUCGUCCGUGGCAGGGCUGGACGCAGAUCCCGAGGAGAAGGAAAAGCUGGCCUUGGAGAUGCUGCUUGUAAGCAAUCACCCUUCCUUAGGGCAGUCCGGUCUCUGGCCAGGCCUCCUGGUCAAGAUGAAGCUCAACCCUGAAGAUUUCAUCACCCAACAUGUAGGAAGCAUUUUUGGCAGAAUCGUCGCUCAAAGACCCAUGAAUAAGUCCUCUCUGAAUGCAGUGGGCAUGCUCUCCUCCCUGUCUCCCGGCAGGGUGCUCCCUCAAGUGAUCAGCACCAUUUCCACCUCUCUGGAAAACCCUGCUCUGGGUCAGGUGACACUGGAGGAGUUUGCCAUCAUGAAGACCCCUGAAGGGGAGCUGUAUGACAAAUCCAUUCUGCAAAGUGCACAGCAAGACAGCCUGAAAAAGGCCAACAUGAAACGGGAAAACAAGGCUUAUUCUUUCAAGGAACAGAUCAUUGAGCUGGAGCUGAAGGAGGAGAUAAAGAAGAAGAAAGGAAUUAAGGAAGAGGUCCAACUAACGAGCAAACAGAAGGAGAUGCUGAAUGCCCAGCUGGAAAAGGAAUCUCGUACCAGGAAGCAACUGAAAGAGCUUGAUGAUGAAUUGGAAUCCAUGCUGGGUCUUCUAGAUGCCGUUCUAAAGAGGAACCCACCUGGUCUCUCUCAGUACAUCCCUGCUCUCGUUGGCUCCUUCCUGCCUCUCUUAAAAUCCCCACUGGCUGCUCCGCGGAUUAAGACUCCUUUCCUUUCUUUGGCGUCCUGCGUGAUGCCUGCUCACUUGAAGACUUUUGGUACCUUAGUGAGUCAUGUGACUCUGCGGUUGAUGAAACCAGAAUGCGAUUUGGAUGAAUCCUGGUGCCAGGAAGACCUGCCCACCGCUGUCCAUCGAGUGGCUAACUUGCUCCAUGCAAACACUGUUCGUGGCCGGAUGAGCAAGGGGGAGGCUGCGGGCCCUGUGCCAUUAUCAGCUCCAGCAUUUUCCUUAGUUUUUCCUCUCCUAAAGAUGGUGUUGCUGGAAACUCCCAAUGAUAGUGAAGAGAAGGAAGAACUUCUGGUCAAGGUCCUGCAGACCAUCACAGUACAUGCACAACUUCGGUCAUCUACAAAUAACCAGAGUUUGCUGGUCGAUGAGAAUGGUCCUGAAUUACUGCCUCGUACAGACAUGCUGCUGCUCCUGACCAAAGUGAUUGGAACCGGCUCUCCACGACUGCAGGUUUUGGCUUCAAAUGCACUGACAGCUUUGUGCGCCAGCAGUAGCGGAGAGGAUGGUUGUGCCUAUGCAGAGCAAGAGGAAAUAGAUGUGUUACUCCAAGCCCUUCAGUCUCCGUGCAUGAACGUUCGUGAUGCAGCUCUCCGGGGAUUGAUGGAGUUACAGAUGGUGCUGCCAACUCCAGAUAGUGAUGAGAAGAACGGGCUGAACCUCUUGCGCCGUCUCUGGGUGGUGAACUUUGACAAGGAAGAAGAAAUUCGAAAGUUGGCAGAGAGGCUGUGGGAGUCGAUGGGGCUGGAGCUGCAGGCGGAUAUCUGCUCGGUGUUGAUCAAAGAUGUCAUCCACUACGAGGAAGCCGUGCGGCAGGCAGGUGCUGAGGCGCUUUCCAAGAGCGUUGAACAGUACCGAAGCCAAACGAGGGAUGUCAUGACCAAACUGAUGGAGAUUUAUCAGGAGAAACUCUAUAGGCCUCCUCCAGUUCUGGAUGCUCUUGGACGUGUGAUAUCUGAAUCGCCACCUGACCAGUGGGAAGCUAGGUGUGGCAUUGCUUUGGCCCUGAACAAACUUUCUCAGCAUCUGGAUAGCUCACAGGUGAAGCCUCUUUUCCAAUUCUUUGUCCCUGAUGCCCUUAAUGAUCGCAAUCCUGAGGUCCGAAAAUGUAUGCUGGAUGCAGCCCUCUCUGCGCUCAAUACCCAUGGCAAGGACAGUGUUAACUCCCUGUUGCCAGUUUUCGAGGAGUUCCUGAAGAACGCGCCAAAUGAUGCCAGCUAUGAUGCCGUCAGGCAGAGCGUGGUCAUUCUGAUGGGGUCUCUGGCCAAACAUUUGGACAAGAGUGAUCCUAAAGUGAAACCAAUCGUUGCAAAACUGAUAGCAGCACUCUCCACUCCAUCCCAACAGGUUCAGGAGUCUGUGGCCGGCUGCCUGCCGCCACUUGUGCCUGCGAUCAAAGAAGAUGCAGGAGGAAUGAUCCAGAAACUGAUGCAGCUGCUGCUGGAAUCGGAUAAGUACGCUGAAAGGAAAGGGGCCGCCUACGGGCUAGCCGGCCUGGUGAAAGGCCUCGGCAUCCUCUCACUGAAGCAGCAGGAGAUGAUGGCCACUCUGACCGACGCCAUCCAGGACAAGAAGAACUUCCGGCGGCGAGAAGGGGCCUUGUUUGCCUUUGAGAUGCUCUGCACCAUGCUUGGGAAGCUCUUUGAGCCCUACGUGGUUCAUGUGUUACCCCACUUGCUGCUCUGCUUUGGAGAUGGAAAUCAGUACGUCCGAGAGGCUGCAGAUGACUGUGCCAAAGCAGUGAUGAGCAACCUGAGUGCCCACGGCGUGAAGCUGGUCCUGCCCUCAUUGUUGGCUGCUCUAGAGGAGGAGUCCUGGAGAACCAAAGCUGGCUCUGUGGAAUUGCUUGGGGCCAUGGCCUACUGUGCUCCCAAGCAGCUCUCGUCCUGUUUGCCAAACAUUGUGCCAAAACUUACCGAAGUCCUCACAGACUCCCAUGUGAAGGUCCAGAAGGCGGGGCAGCAGGCGCUCCGGCAGAUCGGGUCGGUUAUCAGAAAUCCUGAGAUUUUAGCAAUUGCGCCAGUUCUCCUGGACGCCUUGACAGAUCCCUCCAGGAAGACUCAGAAAUGUCUACAGACUCUGCUGGACACCAAAUUCGUUCAUUUCAUCGAUGCACCUUCUCUAGCCCUCAUCAUGCCUAUCGUCCAGAGAGCUUUCCAAGAUCGCUCCACAGACACCAGGAAGAUGGCAGCCCAGAUCAUUGGGAAUAUGUAUUCACUGACUGAUCAGAAGGAUCUGGCUCCUUAUUUGCCCAGUGUGACUCCUGGACUGAAAGCAUCUUUGUUGGACCCUGUGCCUGAGGUGCGCACGGUGUCUGCAAAGGCACUGGGGGCGAUGGUGAAGGGGAUGGGCGAGUCCUGCUUUGAGGACUUGCUGCCAUGGUUGAUGGAGACCCUGACCUAUGAGCAGAGCUCGGUGGAUCGAUCUGGUGCUGCACAAGGUCUGGCUGAAGUCAUGGCAGGCUUGGGGGUAGAGAAGCUGGAGAAACUUAUGCCAGAAAUUGUGGCUACAGCAAGCAAAGUGGAUAUUGCUCCGCAUGUCCGGGAUGGUUAUAUUAUGAUGUUCAACUACUUGCCCAUUACCUUUGGGGAGAAAUUUAUACCUUAUGUUGGACCCAUCAUACCCUGUAUCCUUAAGGCACUGGCAGAUGAGAAUGAAUUCGUGCGAGACACAGCCUUGCGUGCUGGACAGAGGAUUAUAAGCAUGUAUGCCGAGACGGCCAUUGCGCUGCUGCUGCCUCAGCUGGAGCAGGGGCUCUUCGACGACCUUUGGCGGAUCAGGUUUAGCUCCGUUCAGUUGCUUGGAGACCUCCUGUUCCACAUCUCGGGAGUCACAGGAAAAAUGACCACAGAAACGGCCUCCGAAGAUGACAACUUUGGCACAGCCCAGUCCAAUAAAGCCAUCAUUCAUGUGCUUGGCGUGGAGCGGAGGAACAGAGUCUUGGCAGGGCUGUACAUGGGCCGCUCAGAUACCCAGCUGGUUGUUCGCCAAGCAUCCUUGCACGUUUGGAAGAUUGUCGUCUCAAACACGCCCCGCACGCUCCGGGAGAUCCUGCCAACGCUCUUUGGCCUCCUUUUGGGAUUCUUGGCCAGUACUUGUGCGGACAAGAGAACAAUUGCAGCACGGACACUGGGAGACCUUGUCCGGAAGCUGGGCGAAAAGAUCCUCCCAGAAAUCAUCCCCAUUUUGGAAGAAGGCCUGAGGUCUGAGAAGAGUGACAAGAGGCAAGGGGUCUGCAUUGGGCUGAGUGAGAUCAUGAAGUCCACCAGCAGGGAUGCCGUGCUGUGCUUCUCCGAGUCCUUGGUCCCGACAGUGAGGAAGGCUCUAUGUGACCCUCUAGAGGAGGUUAGAGAAGCAGCAGCCAAAACAUUUGAACAGCUGCAUUCAACCAUUGGAUAUCAGGCUCUUGAAGACAUCCUGCCCUUCUUGCUGAAGCAGCUGGAUGACAAAGAGACAUCUGAGUUUGCUCUGGAUGGCCUUAAGCAGGUUAUGGCCGUGAAGAGCCGAGUGGUGUUGCCUUACCUGGUGCCAAAGCUCAUUUCCCCUCCCGUGAACACCAGAGUCCUGGCCUUCCUCUCAGCGGUGGCUGGGGAUGCUCUCACCCGGCACCUCAGCGUCAUCUUGCCUGCCAUGAUGUCAGCACUGAAGGAGAAGCUUGGGACAGGUGACGAACAGCAGGAGAUGGCCAAUUGCCAGGCCGUCACCCUGUCUGUGGAAGACGAGGCUGGGCAGAGGAUCAUCAUCGAAGACCUGCUGGAGGCGACGCGCAGCCCUGAGGUGGGGCUGCGACAGGCGGCAGCGGUCAUCCUGAACAUCUACUGCUCCAAGACCAGGGCAGACUACACGGCCCAUCUGCGGAACCUGGUUUCGGGCUUGAUCCAGCUCUUCAAUGACACCAACCCCAUGGUCCUGAACGAAAGCUGGGAUGCUCUCAGUGCCAUCACCAAGAAAUUGGAUGCUGGAAACCAGCUGGCUCUUAUUGAGGAUCUCCACAGGGAUAUUCGCAUGGUGGGGAACGAGGCCACCGGAGAGCACGUGCCUGGGUUCUGCAUUCCCAAGAAGGGAGUGACUUCCAUUCUUCCCGUGCUGCGGGAGGGCGUUCUGACGGGCAGCUCAGAGCAGAAGGAAGAAGCCGCCAAGGCUUUGGGGCUCGUGAUUAAACUGACCUCCGCAGAUGCCCUGAAACCUUCGGUUGUGAGCAUUACGGGACCGCUCAUCCGCAUUCUGGGAGACAGGUUCAGCUGGAACGUCAAGGUGGCUCUGCUUGAAACCCUCAGCCUUCUGCUGGCCAAGGUGGGCAUUGCCUUGAAGCCCUUCUUACCUCAGCUACAAACGACCUUCACAAAAGCCCUGCAAGACCCCAACCGGGUGGUCCGUCUCAAGGCUGCAGAUGCGCUCGGCAAGCUGAUUACCAUCCAUGCCAAGGUCGAUCCGCUCUUUACAGAACUAUUGAACGGCAUCCGCACCAGCGAGGAUUCUGGCGUCAGGCAGCUUUAUAACCUCUGCCAGAUAAAAGCCAUCAGUACAGAGUUUGGCUUUCAGGAUGCCACCCGCACGGCCUCAGCCGGCUGCCUGGGGGAGCUGUGUGCCUUUCUGACCGAAGAAGAACUUAGCCACGUUCUCCUCAACCAUUUAUUAGCUGAUGUCUCUGGCAUCGACUGGAUGGUGAGGCACGGGCGCAGCCUGGCGCUUUCUGUGGCCGUCAGUGUGGCUCCUGGCAAAGUGUGUGACCCCAAAUACUUUAACAGUGUCCAUGAAAUGAUCUUCAGCAACGCCACUGCCGACCGGAUCCCAAUUGCUAUCAGCGGCGUCAGAGGGAUGGGCUUCCUCAUGAAGCACCACAUAGAGGCCAGUGCAGGAAACUUGCCACCCAAACUCUCCAGCCUCUUCAUCAAGUGUCUCCAAAAUCCAUCCAGCGAUAUAAAAUUAGUUGCAGAAAAGAUGAUCUGGUGGGCAAAUAAAACCCCCCUCCCUCCCCUGGACCCACAGACUGCUAAGCCUAUCCUCAAGGCCCUUCUGGACAACACAAAAGACAAGAACACCAGCGUGAGGGCCUACAGUGACCAAGCCAUUGUUAACCUCCUGAAGAUGAGAGAAGGCGAGGAAGUACUUCAGUCCAUCUCCAAGAUCCUAGACGCUGCCAGCUUGGAACUGCUGAACGAGAGUUGCCGGCGAUCUCUGAAGAAGCUCGCCAGUCAAGCUGACUCUGUCGAACAGAUUGAUGACACUAUCCUGACGUGAUUUGGGAGAUGCAGAAGGGAAAGGUGGCCCCUGGGGGCACAUCACCGCAUCAGCAUUUCAACCCGAAGCCAAUGGAAAUGUUUUCAUUUUUGAAAAUGCUAAUUCUGAUGGAAGCUGACGAAAAGGGCUUCCAGAGUAUUUUAAUACAAGAAAUAUACCAGAAUAGCCUUACUUAAAGUUCUGUUAGUUUUCAAAAAGUAAAUUCAGAAUUUGCCCCUUCUCCCCCUUUGUUUUGGAAUACAGAAUGCAGAGCAAAGACAGAGAAUCCUAUCAGUUGGUGAUAAAUGUUUGGUAGCUGCUGCUGCUGCUGCGGUGAAUUUCCUCCCAUGUGUUACAGGAGCCAUUUCCACUCGACGUGUGUGUGUGUGUGUCUCCAUGAGGAUUAGAACUCACAGAAAGCCAAGCGGCGGUGUUUUGAUGUACUGCUGAUUUGCUAACUCUUACGGUCUUGAACGCUGUAAGUGAAACUAUUUGAAGAGCCUUAGCAUUAGAGGGAGGUGGAAAGCAGGCUGUUUCAAUGGCAGUUUAAUUAAUA